AUGAACUCCCCUAGCCCUUAUUCCUUGCAAGGAAUGCGCGCGUUGCACCAGAAAAACACACGCAAAAGCACUUGUCCAAACCUGCUUGUCCAAACCUCAGGUCCAUCUCCUCGGGUCUUAAACCUCAGCUCCUACCACCACACAACACCCGCCUGUGCCACCUGUCUGCCAGCCGACUACGUGAAGUGGGAGCAGCUCCCCGCGGGCGUGUCCACCAUGACGAUGGAUCAACCACCGGCCAGUCGACACUUGGCCUACAGUCGCUACAUGGGCCAUGCCUUGCCGUGGCGGGGCAAGGCGGAAGAUGGGAUGGUCUUGCAGGGCGGCUCCUUUGGCAAGAUGCUGCGAAGUAACCUGUGCAACAGCAAGGAGAACAAGCUGAAAUCA